CACAGCGUUGGUGGUUGGAGACACUGCAUGCACUUGGCGGGUGAUGAACAAAAUGAAUAGGAAUGCAUUGAAUUUGAAGCAGUUUAAACGUGUUCGUGAGAAUGUGAGAGAUUGUGURAACACCUCGCCUAAUCCUCUUAAAAGACUGCAGGUAUUAUGCUGAGCUGUGGAGAGGAGGUGUGAGCUGUCAUCCUGCGGUGCGCCCUUGUAGCUGCUCACCAAAAACUAGAGUCAGCAUCUCUCAAACCAAUCCCUUUACGUUAGCGCACACAGCUGGAGAGAGACCUCGCGUCCAGAUCACCUCUAUCACAACAACUCAGCGAUUAAAGGUUGGUGCUGGGACAUCAUGCCAGGACUAUGACAUUAAAACAGACUAUGCUGAAGAUGUGUGCUGACCGCUUGCUGAACUCCAUUAUUUGGCCAACUAAUGCUACUGGACCUGUUCCCAUAAGCCUCACCAUGCAUCUGACACGGGCCUAAUCACCCGCAGUGGGAUUCAAGACCCCUCUGGCAGCGGGGAACAAUGCAUUUACCACAAAGACGGAGACUCAACCGGAGUCGCAUCCUCUUCUUCCUCUGUGGUGUAUUACUGUGCUGCGUCUACACCGUGACGUUCAAGGCCCGGCUGCAGGAGCCAUGGGUGGCCCGCCAGGCCGCAGCAGAGGAGGAUCCUGGGACAGCACUCCCAGAGGAAGGGGGCGGUAGUGAUAGCAGUAGUGUUCUGGAGGUAGACACACGAGAGGUGGUGACCUCUAACCCCUCUAGCCUAACAGAGAGCUAUGAUGAUGAUGUCAUCACCAGGGCUCCUACUGUGCUGGAGGGGGAUGACGUCAUGGUGAUAACUGUCAACAGGACGGACAUUAAGCACUGUAUCUACGUAGAGGACCCUGAACCCGAGCCUCCGACUGAACCUCCUCCCACCUCCCCUCCUCCUAACACCACCACCUCCCCGGGUAUCCCUGGAGACGUCCCCCACAGGAAGGGAGAGUACCCAGAGGACCUGUUCACGGUGGACCAGAGGAGGCAGGGCUGGGUGACCCUCCACAUCCUGGGCAUGGUCUACAUGUUCGUCUCCCUCGCCAUCGUCUGUGACGAGUUCUUCGUCCCGGCGCUCGGCGUCAUCACCGUGAAGCUCGACAUCUCCGACGACGUCGCCGGGGCGACCUUCAUGGCUGCAGGAGGCUCCGCCCCCGAACUGUUCACCUCUCUGAUUGGCGUGUUCAUCUCCCAUAGCAACGUGGGCAUCGGGACAAUCGUGGGGUCGGCGGUGUUUAACAUCCUGUUUGUCAUCGGGAUGUGUGCCAUCUUCUCCAGGGAGAUGCUCCACCUCACCUGGUGGCCCCUGUUCAGAGACGUCUCCUUCUACAUCAUAGAUCUGAUCAUGCUGAUCGUGUUCUUCUUGGACAACACCAUCAUGUGGUGGGAGAGCGUAAUGCUGGUGUCGGGUUACGUGGCCUACGUCUGCUUCAUGAAGUUCAACGUGCAGAUCGAACACUUCGUCAAGACGCAGAUCAACAAACACAAGAGCAUCGUGAAGAUCAUCAUGCCAGAGGAGGAGGAGGAGAAGGAACCCAAGAAGCAGAACAGUGGACCUCCACCCCAAAACAAUGUUUCACCAGAACCCAAACCACAACCUCAAGACUCACCCCAGAAGAAAGACAGAGAAAAACUGAAGGUGAAGCCCACUCUCCAGAGAGGAGGGAGUAAUGCGUCUCUCCACAACAGCACCAACAGAAACACCAUCUUCCAGCUGAUGAUCCACACACUGGACCCGCUGGGAGAAGGUACUGGACUUUAUAUCAAUCUUUAUUAUUACAGGGACCGCUAUGGUCCUAAUCUAUGGUUCUAA